UAUUAUUUGAUGAAAGAGUCUUCCUCCUCCUCCUCCUUUGCUGUUGCAAAACCAUCCUGGGGGCGCUUGCUCCUGCUAGGGGGUGGCUUUUCUGAGGUUACUACAGAGCACCCAAAGGCCUCCGGCCUUGGACCACACAAAUAGGCAGGCACCCAGAGGAGCUUUUAAAUCACCCAUGGCCUGGAGCCUUCUUCUUCAGAGUCUGGACCAACCUUGAUAAUCAGCCUAGUGGAAAUAAUUCUUCAAGCAGCACAAGCCAAGAAUACAGAGCUGGGCAAAAGAUCACCCUGAACUAAAUCAGAGGGAAAGAAUAGAUACAUGUUAGACCAGCAGUUCUCAGUGCUGCUCCAUGUCAACUAAGUGAAUCCUAGAAGCCACAAGCAAAGAAAGGACUUGAUGUUGAGCCUUGAAUCUUUUUGGAAAGAAUUAUUCAACAGGAGUUGAACGGCAGCGUACGCCCCCUGUUGUGGAUACUCUGCACCAGAAGCUGAUAGCUGGGGGCCGAAUCCUUAAUUUAUGAAACAGAAGACCCUUCACCCCAGUACAUGAUUUGGGAGUUACACUUUGUGACAUGGAUGAGUCUGCGCUGACCCUUGGCACAAUAGAUGUUUCCUGUCUGCCAAAUUCAUCAGAAUACAACCUUGGGCGAUGUAAGCACACAAAUGAGGACUGGGAUGACUGUGGGUUUAGACCUGCCUUCUUCAGAUCUGCAACAUUAAAGUGGAAAGAAAGCCUCAUGAGCCGGAAGAGGCCAUUCGUUGGAAGGUGCUGUUACUCCUGCACGCCGCAGAGCUGGGAAAAGUUUUUCAACCCCGGUAUCCCAUCUCUGGGUUUGCGGAAUGUUAUUUAUAUCAAUGAAACUCAUACAAGGCACCGAGGGUGGCUGGCAAGACGUCUUUCUUACAUCCUUUUUGUUCAAGAGCGAGAUGUCCACAAAGGCAUGUUUGCCACCAAUGUCACUGAAAACGUCCUGAAGAGCAGCAGAGUCCAAGAGGCAAUUGCUGAAGUGGCCACUGAGCUGAACUCCGAUGGAUCUGCCCAGCAGCAGUCCAAGGCCAUCCAAAAAGUGAAAAAGAAAGCCAGAAAGAUCCUUCAAGAAAUGGUUGCCACUGUUUCCCCAGGGAUGAUCAGACUGACUGGGUGGGUGUUGCUAAAACUGUUCAACAGCUUCUUUUGGAACAUCCAGAUUCACAAAGGUCAACUUGAGAUGGUUAAAGCUGCAACUGAGACAAACCUGCCGCUCCUGUUUCUGCCAGUGCACAGAUCCCACAUUGACUACCUGCUGCUCACCUUCAUUCUCUUCUGCCACAACAUCAAAGCGCCAUACAUUGCCUCAGGCAAUAAUCUCAACAUCCCCAUCUUCAGUACUUUGAUCCACAAACUUGGGGGCUUUUUCAUAAGACGAAGGCUUGAUGAGACUCCAGAUGGACGGAAGGACAUUCUCUAUAGAGCUUUGCUUCAUGGGCACAUAGUUGAACUACUCCGGCAGCAGCAAUUCUUGGAGAUUUUCCUGGAAGGCACCCGCUCCAGGAGUGGAAAGACCUCCUGUGCUCGGGCAGGACUGUUGUCAGUGGUGGUGGAUACUUUGUCCACCAACACCAUCCCAGACAUCUUGAUCAUCCCUGUGGGAAUCUCCUAUGAUCGAAUAAUCGAAGGUCACUACAAUGGCGAACAGCUGGGCAAACCCAAGAAGAACGAGAGCAUCUGGAGCGUGGCGAGAGGUGUCAUUAGAAUGCUACGGAAAAACUAUGGGUACGUCAGAGUGGAUUUUGCACAACCAUUUUCCUUGAAGGAAUAUUUAGAAAGCCAAAGCCAGAAACCUGUGUCUGCCCCGCUUUCUCUGGAGCAAGCACUGUUACCAGCUAUCCUUCCUUCAAGGCCUAAUGAUGCUGCCAGUGAAGGUCCAGAUACAUCCAAUAACGAGUCCAGGAAUGUGGUGGAUGAGUCCUUCCGCAGAAGGCUGAUUGCAAAUCUGGCGGAGCACAUCCUCUUCACUGCUAGCAAGUCCUGUGCCAUCAUGUCCACCCAUAUCGUGGCCUGCCUGCUCCUCUACAGACACAGGCAGGGAAUUCACCUCUCCACACUGGUGGAAGACUUCUUUGUGAUGAAGGAAGAAGUCCUGGCUCGUGAUUUUGACCUGGGGUUCUCAGGAAAUUCAGAAGAUGUAGUCAUGCACGCUAUUCAGCUGCUGGGAAACUGUGUCACGAUCACCCACACUAGCAGGAACGAUGAGUUUUUUAUUACUCCCAGCACCACAGUCCCAUCAGUCUUUGAACUCAACUUCUACAGCAAUGGGGUGCUUCAUGUCUUUAUCAUGGAGGCCAUCAUAGCCUGCAGCCUUUAUGCAGUUUUGAAUAAGAGGGGCUCGGGAGGACCUGUCAGCAGCCCUAGCAACCUGAUCAGCCAGGAGCAGCUGGUGCGAAAGGCUGCCAGCCUGUGUUAUCUGCUCUCCAAUGAAGGCACCAUCUCGCUCCCCUGUCAGACUUUUUACCAAGUUUGCCAUGAAACAGUAGGAAAGUUUAUCCAGUAUGGCAUUCUUACAGUGGCAGAGCAAGAUGACCAGGAAGAUAUCAGUCCUGGUCUUGCAGAGCAGCAGUGGGACAAGAAGCUUCCUGAACCUUUGAACUGGAGAAGUGAUGAAGAAGAUGAAGACAGUGAUUUUGGUGAGGAGCAGCGAGAUUGCUAUCUGAAGGUGAGCCAGUCCACGGAGCACCGGCAGUUCAUCUCCUUCCUGCAGCGGCUCCUUGGGCCCUUGUUGGAGGCCUACAGCUCUGCCGCCAUCUUUGUCCACAGCUUCAGCGGUCCAGUUCCGGAGCCAGAGUACCUGCAGAAGCUGCACAGGUACCUAAUCACCAGGACGGAAAGGAACGUCGCGGUGUAUGCUGAGAGUGCCACAUAUUGUCUAGUGAAGAAUGCUGUGAAGAUGUUUAAGGAUAUCGGGGUUUUCAAAGAGAUCAAGCAAAAGAGAGUAUCUAUUUUAGAACUGAGCAACACUUUCCUACCUCAGUGCAACCGGCAAAAACUCCUAGAAUACAUUCUGAGUUUCGUGGUGCUGUAGGGAGCUCACAGCACCUGUAGCAUGCGUGGAGCUAGAGAUGAGUCCCUUGCAGGCUUCAGCCUGACCCAGAGUGGCAGGAGCCCUGGUGUGGCCAGGCUUGCUCUGCCCUAAGGUAACCUCCUGGAGGAUAAGUGCCUUCUGCCCCCAUGGACCUGUGCUCUUCCCAACUCAGACACAGUGACCUGUGCAGAACACUCGGGGCCCAGCCUCCAUUCAUGACUCAUAAUCAGUGGGUUGCUAGGUAAAAUCUCAGUAAGUUAUUUUGGAGUUUAUUAAAGAUUCACAUUUUAAGUACGACUUUUAAGGACUAAUUACUGUGACGGACACAGAUGUAUGUAGAACUGACUCUUGUAUAGUGUGUAUAAUGUUGUAGCUAAGUCCACGGUCUGUUUUCUCAUUAAUGGUUACUGCUUCCUUUAAAAUAAUUGGGUCAUCCAUUCUCUCUUCCAUUUUAUCUUUAUCCACAGAAGCUACAGUUUAUAGGAGAGACCCUUUCGUCCCAAGUGAUUUACUAAGGAGUGGGCUGAGCUCUGUCAUACCCAGCAUCACUCUGCUGCCCUGUGCAGGCAGACUCAAAGUGUUUGAAGAGCUGCCUGAGCAAAUGAGACAGUUUAGGUCAGGAAGUGAGAUGCGAUCAAACGGCUGCCAUCAGGAUGUAAAUCUGACUGGCAGAAGUCACAGUAUAUUUGCCAGGAAACUGGCACUGCUUUUGCUCAUAAGAUGAAGUGCCAUUGAGUUUUAAAUGACCAGCAAUUAUUUAGAAACUUCUCCUGUUUAAUAUCUGCAUCUUCCCCACCCUUCAAGUAGCAGCCACCUACUGUUUCUUAGGAGCCCUCCAACCCAGCAGCAGCUGUACUAAGUUGAUAGCUCUGCUGGAGAGAUUGCUGCUAUGUGGCACUCUGGUUGCAGACUGCUGACCUAGGACUUUCAGACACUGCUCACAGACUGGGUACCACACCCCAGUCUAGGUGAUGGUACUUGGACCCUACUGAGUAGCAGACUGUUAGAAGCAUUUAUGGAUUUUUAGCUUUGAGGAAAAAAAAAAAAAAAAAAAAAAAAAAACUUGGUCCUUUAGACAUUUAUAUGGGCUAUGUACCCAAACUCCAUUGCCACAUAGAGACAAAUAAUUAUGAAAAUUUUUCUGUUUAUCAUGGGUAGGUACCUUUUUGUGAGCAAGGAGCAUAAUUGUUAGUUGUGGUAAUUAUGGCAAUUUCUUAAUGAUCAUGUAACGUUAAAAUUUCUAACAAUUUACUGUCCCAUAUCUCCAUGAUAUGGAACUAGAAAUUUUUCUGAUGAACGUUGCAUAGAUUCUUUGAAUUUAACAUAAAAGUAUUAAGGAUUAAGCUUGUCCUUUCCUGAACUUAAAUUUUAAACACUAAUAGUAUCUUGUGAGUGAUGUGUAUUGGAAGAGGGUGAGAUACUGCCUGGUAUUUCCCAUUGUAUGAAAUCAUCUUUCACAGUGUCUGAAAUGUCCGUGUGGAGCUCGUAGCCAUGCUGUGGUCUUCUCCACUCUUCUUGUGCUGUGCAUGUGAAACCUACUUUUUCUCACCACCUUGGAGCUCGUGUGCCAUAGUUCACUGUUAGUUGUUGCAGCUGGUGUAGAGAAAGUUGUUCACGUUUUAGCCUUCCAUUUUACUGACUAGGGUAGAUGAACACUUUCCUUGGCUGUACUUGGGGGAUACCCAGGGAGUCUGGCUUAUUCCUUUGGGUGUAUCUCAUGUGAGAAAUCAAGCAUUUUAUUAGUCUCUCUUAUUUACCUGUCCUUUAAAUGAAAAUCAAAUCAGAGUCAGUCAGGUGGUAGCAAAGUCAAGGUCAGAAUGACUUCCCGGGAUGCUGCCGCUCCAUUGUCACUUCUGCAAAGAGCCGCUGCUUUUGCAGUCUGAGCAGAGAUGCUCUUGCCUCCUUUGCUCUGCUUUCCCUUUUGGUUGGCUUGUUUUUAAAACACUCAAUCGCUUUAGGGAACGCAAUUCACUAGCUGUCGCCAGCCACUUAACUCACUGUGAGGAUAAAUAUGCAUGCUUUUUGUAAUUCACUGGUGCUUUGAAAACCCUUUUUCAAGGAAGAAAAAUCUCAACCAAAGUUAGGCUCAUCCAGACACGCAGACCCUGAAUUAAUUUCAGCACAACUCAUUCUUCAGUGCCUCAUUGCAUACGGCUUCCAGACAGCAUGUUUUGCUAUUAGAAACAUUCUUGUUUUCUAGCAGUGGAUGGCUUCCUUCUAAUGUAAAACAAUCGAGGUGCUUGUACAUAGUUUACUGUCGUUUACUGCAUUUCUGUAAAACCGAAAUGCAUGCCCUUCAGGGGAAGACUGUGAGUCAAAUUAAAAAAAAAAAAGAAAAAACCCUAAACUAAGCAAUAUGAAACUGCACUGUUAUACUGUUUUUAAAGCUAAAACAACCUAAGUAAUUCAGGAGAGGGAAAGGACCUUUUGCUCUUAAAACUCUAAGGAAAGCAAAGGCAAAAAAAAACAAGUGCUCAGUGUAUGAAGCUAGGGACUGAGAGAGCACCGUAGAGUGGAGAAAACAGCCAGGAUGGACAUGAGCGGAAACUCAGACUGGAGUUCCUGGAGCCAUAUCUCCCACAGUGCUGUCUGUCAUGGGAGCACUCUGUGAGAUGUUCUGGGGGAAGUGCUGGGUUCUGGGGGAAGUGCUGCUGGUAUACGGAGUUUGCACAUGGAAACUACAGUGCCCUGACAUGCAGUGAGCAUUCAGUAUCCCGCAGUGCACAGCCUUCUGGCUGACUCCAGUAUUUCCAAACUCCUCAGGACCUUUCUCCCCUCUAGGAUGCCUCAGAACCUCUCACGAGCAUGCUUGGAAAACAUUUUGGAAACUAUAUUAGUUCUUCAAUGCAGACCAAGCAGUAACAAUGGCGCUGAGGCAGAACUUGCGUGUACCAUCCUCGGUUUACCAAGUGAACAUGUAUUUCCCCCACUGGACAGAGUAAGCCAGGGAAACUGCAAUACCAGUGGCCCCAGCCCUUUCCUUUGGUGGAAAGAUCAGCCAUCCAUGACCCUGGUCGUUUUUUUUUACUGGAAGUAGCAGAAUUGAUAACAAGGAUUAAUUGGGGGUAAAUAAUAAAGAUUUUGAUUUAGAUCUAGAAGAAAACAUUGUACAAGUGAAUGCAAACUUUUAUCCAUAGGUAGCUGUAGCAUUUUGAAAUGAUAGGCCCUGUCAUUGAAGUUUGUAAAAUGUGCUAUGGAAUGUAAAUCGGUUUUUUAAAAACACUUUUUAGGAGCUUGAGAGUUGCCAUGUGGCAUUUUAGUUUAGUACAAACUACUGGUCGAUUCAGAAAAGACUCUUGACCUCACUUCCACAGCUUAAGGGCUAAUUGUCUUCAUGGGAGGUAUUAAAAUAUUUGCCUACAAAGUAACAUUAGAUUGUUGUAAAAAAGAAUUACCAUUGUAAAAUAGCACUGUGUGAUUUUGUGAGUGACGUUUACUUGGAAAUGUUGAGUGAUUUUUAUGCCUAAUGAGAAUGUAUUGUGAAAAGCACAGAAAUGUAGCUUUGUUUUAAUAAAUAAACGAGAAAAACCA